AUGAGGCUCUCCGUUUUCAGUUCCAAGACAUACGACAAGGUGUUCCUGGAGAGGGCACACUUGGCACGCAACGGCCAGGCGUCCUCGAUCCACCUCACCUUCCACGAUUACCCCCUCAACCCCUCCACCGCCGACCUAGUUAGGGUCCGCGGCGUGCUCCUGCGCUGCGCCGGCUUCAACAACGUCGACCUCGAAGCCGCCGAGAGGUUAGGCCUUUCCGUCGCCAACGUGCCUUCGUACUCGCCCGAGGCCGUGGCUGAGUACACCGUCGCGCUCAUCCAGACACUCAACCGCAAGACGCACCGCGCCUAUAACCGCGUGCGCGAGGGCAUCAUCGGCACGGGCAAGAUCGGCAUCGCGUUUGCGCGCAUCAUGAAGGGGUUCGGCUGCAAGUUGUACGCCUUUGACCCGUUCCCGAACCCUGCAUUCGAGGAGUAUGGCGAGUACCUGGAGCUCGACGACCUCCUCGCCCGCAGCGACCUCGUGUCGCUGCACUGCCCGCUUAUGGAGCAGACCCACCACAUCAUCAACCAGCGCACCCUCGCCCUGAUGAAGGAGGACGCCAUGCUCGUUAACACGUCUCGUGGCGGCCUCAUCGACACUAGCGCCGUCAUCGCGGCCCUCAAGAGCCAGAAGCUCGGCGGCCUAGCCCUCGACGUGUACGAGGGCGAAGGCAAGCUCUUUUACAAUGACCACUCCCACGAAAUUCUCGACGACGACGGCCUGGCUCGCCUCUUGACCUUCCACAAUGUCGUCGUCUCGGGCCACCAGGCCUUCUUCACCGUUGAGGCCCUGGAAGAAAUCGCCGAGUGCACCCUUCGAAAUCUCGAGGACCUUUCCCUGGGAGUGCCUUGCGCCAACUCUCUUAUCAAGAAGGGCGUCCAUACCCGUCUAAGGGGCAAGUCCCUCCCCGUCAGGAACGUCUAA